GAGGAUUCUGCAUCCGGGGAACAACCUACAAGCCUUGGGUGGUGGAGUCAGAUUUAGUUGUCCAGCCUUCGUGUUCUUGUCGUGGACACCCCCUACCUACUGCAUGCCACCUUGGCCUCGUUGGCAGUCAUAAAAAAGAAGGCGCAAGCUGAUGAUGGGGGUCGAGAAAAUUCAUUCUGAAUGACUUGUUGCUUGACUUUGAAGACGAAGGCGUGAGAAGGGUGAAAGUGACACACGAGGCUGGUGAAUGUGGAAUCUGGUUCCGACUUUCCUCUGUAAGUAGAUAGAGGCUAACCUAUCUCUCUCUCUCUGUGGGCCUGGAUCAGAUAUUGCCAUGGUUCUUUUUUGGCUCCUGCGGCAAAUGAUUAGACUGCAAAAGUGAAGUGGAGCAUUAAAUUGAAUUUAGUGGUUCCUCGAAGGAAUUCGUAAGAGGUUUCUAGUCAACGGGUUUCCGCUUAAUUUCCACGGGAAACAACUCUCUUUCGAAGUGAUAUGAAAAAAAGAUGAAAAUUGCUCCUAUCGUGGAAAAAAAGGAAGAACUAUGGAAACAAGGUGAAGCAAUUACCCUCGUCCCAUGUCUGGUCUCUGCACCCACACCCUGGCCAGAUCCGGCAUGAAAUUCAAUCCCAUCCGAAGACUGAGUAAGCGUAAAGGCGUUUCAUCCGAGGACACUCUAUUUCAGACUGGAAGCCUAAUUAAUGCUAGCCAUUCCGACUUGGUGGCCCACUCAAUUGCUUUUGAAGCUCUCCUGAGUUUUCGAUGCUGCUCCUCAAGGAGAGUGUGGAACGCCAAGGAAAUGCAUACCCUCAUCUAUUAGCAUUUCUGUCCGGAAUCCGAAACCGAUGGGCGAAAUGAAAACCUUUCAACAAGGCCGGUGCUUGGGAGUGCCAGGUUUCUCAUCGGCGGCCUCCCGGACCUUCCUAGUAGUGCUCAUGUCAUUCAUAAGCCUUACUGGAGGCAUUAACGACCACCGCUGCACGGAAGGGGAGGUCUUGCAGAUCUGUGUCCCCGUGGAUUAUAUGAAAUUUGAACUCCCCGAGCAGGACGAGUCCACGUUCGUGUCGAUCGGGGUCGACAUUAAGGACAUCCCCAAGGUGAAUGAUAAGGACUUUAGUAUCACCAUCAAUGCAUACUUCAUUGUCAAAUGGAAGGAUGAGCGGCUGAUCGUAACCAAGCGCAACCGGACGCGCCGGAAGUAUCAUCGGGAGGAAAUGCAACGGGAUCGACCUACACCCGAGCCUUUAUAUCAACGUGAUCUAUCCCGGCGCAAAUCCACCACACGCACCACUAUGACGUCCCCCAUCGGACGAGAGGUCCUUCAUUCGACACCACUGACCGAAGAAACGUCCAAGCUGACAGCCGUUAAUAUCGCCAUUCUUCGCAAUCUUUGGCUGCCAGACGUGGAGAUCCUCAACUUGAAAGAGUUCGAGACCCACUCGGUCCUGUCCAAGUUGGAAGGAAUCUGGAUUGAUAACCAGAACCAACUCAUGUACGCCUUGGCCACACGGAUCACUUUCAUCUGUCCAAUGAAAUUCAACGCCUUUCCGAUGGACAUUCAAGUGUGCAAGUUCCAGGUUGGGAGCUUCAACUACGAUAUGUCCAAGAUGGUGUUCUCCAAUGAGUUUGUGCCCCGGGAGGAGGAUGCCAUCAAGUCUAUUUUAGAUUACUCCAUUCAGAUCAAAGACCUCCGCCCAGACCAAACGCACUACAUGGCCCUAGGCAUGAACUAUUCCGUGGCCGGAUUUGAAAUGGUUCUCACGAGAAAGAUCUCGUUUUAUGUGGUGACUUACUAUCUUCCCUCGGGCCUAUUUGUGGUAGUCUCCUGGAUCAGCUUCUUGGUGAACCCUGAAGUCAUACCUGGUCGAAUGACUUUACUGGUGACCAUCUUUUUGGUUCUCAUCAACAUCUUCAACACAAUCCAAACCAAUUCACCCAAGGCUGAAGGUCUGACUGCAAUUGAGGCUUGGGUGAUUGCUUGUAUUAUAUUUGUCUUCGGUGCCUUGGGCGAGUACACUGUGAUCCUCCUGAAAAUCAAGCUAAAGAAGAUCGCUCCCCGAAGACGGAAGCACCAGGCCACCACCAAUACCAAUCCAGUGGGAGGGAGCGGUGCGGGCCUUGGAGGGUCAGGAGGUGGCUCGGAGUUCAAUAAUGUGGCCACAAUGACCACCAACAGUGCUGGCGUAACAACCACAACCACCACGAGCAACAACCCCGUUCGAUCGCCCUCGGGUCGGCCAUACCCAUCGCUUCAUGGCAACCGACACAUGCGGAGGGACAAUUACGGAAGAACAGACCUAAUUUUUUUGGUGGUCUUCCCGGUCCUCUUUGGGAUCUUUAAUGUGUUUUACUGGGUUUCUCUGUAUUGGUGGCGAUGGUCAGACCAACUCAUCCCUCUAGACUAAUUGGCCUGUUUGCCAGCUCCAAUUCUUAUCCUCCUUUGCCUCGUUUCCUGGCCUCGCUCGUUCCAUCUCUGCCAUACAGCCUUGAGAGCAAUAUACCUCGUAUCUUCUCUCUCUCUCUCUGAGGAAAGACCUCCACGAGGAAGAGGGGACUCCUAACAAUGCUCAAAGGGUCAACUUACUCAGCCCUGGGAACUAGCAAUACACAAACACGGUAUAGAUAGUUGUUGGCUAGUGAUGUUGGAUAGCGAUGGUGAGGCAUACGAGCCACGUUCAACCUAAUUUGAUUCUUGAAAGUCUUGCAAAGACCAAAACGAGUGUACAUUCGCUAGAGGGUCGAAUACCAAGCAAACGAAGAGAUCAAAGUCAAGGCUGGAACCAAAACCGACCAACAAUGUCAUCUGUAUCGGGGAUCUUAAGAAAUCUCCCCGGUCCCCAGUGAGGAAAAGCAAAAUGGGGAAGGGCCACGAAGAAUCCGCAUAAAGAACGAGGACGCUCAAAGGCCCGAGUUUAGGGGGAAAAAGUCUGUGCUUGGGCCAGGGCUUCCUCAUUGCAUGCAUGGGAAUGAACCCAGAGUAGGGUUUGGUAACCAAUCAUUGGGAAACUCCGUUUCCCCUGUCCAUUUCUCAUGUUUAUUCUGGAACUCUGAAUAUGGAUCGUCUUCUUAUCGAGUUGGAAGAUGUCUCUCUUUCUCUCUCUCUCUCUCUCUUUUGCUCAAGAAGCUGUGGAACUGUACAAUAGUUUAUAUGAUGCAGGCCUCCUGUUCCCAGUCCGUGCUCUUCCCUUUGACAACACAAGGAAUUCCUCUUUGUCCCCGGCUCAUUUCCCAUGUUGUUCCACCAAAAUGGGGGAACAGGCACCAAAACAAGCCGUACCUACCCAUCCACUGGAACUUUGCUAUCGAACAUUAGUCUCGAAGCCGUUUCGGCGGGCGUCUCAAGACCGUUUAAGAAGCCCAACUAACAGAAAUCUUGGGCAACAUCAGCCUCUAGCUGAUUCCUAAUGCCAACAUUAUAGAUGGUUGUCGCUUUUCAAGGACAACGGACAGAUGAGUGGAAUCAACAGAGGCCAUCCCAACUUAUUGCAAAGCAACACAUUCAUUUCAAAAACAGCUCCACUCAGCCAAGUUCCAGCCAGUGUCAAGUUACCACAGACGGUCCAAUAUCAGGAUCCAAUGAGAAUCUUCUUCGUUCCAAAUUCGGAUAAAGGAGAACGAGAGGGAGGGAGAAGGAUGGAACGAAGGGAACAUCGACCACGACAGAGCGGCCGCUUGGCUCAGUCCUCUUCAUUCGUCUCUGCCAACAACCAUUCAAAACAAACGAGCAGCACACCCUUCGGAACAAAAUGAUAAUUUGUUACCUAUUGUUGCUUGUCCUUGCGAUGAUAUGAGUUAUUCCAUUCUUCCAGCUUUGGACCAGCCUAACGAGCCAAGGCACCACCGUCCCCGUCGAAUCUAGAAUACACAGAACUGGAUCUUCCCGAAACGUAUCCUGCAUAUUCUUGACAUACGUCAGGGCGGGGGGUUCAAGUACAUCAUAAGUACGUGGCUGUUUCCAUAGUGAACGUUCUUGUGUAUGUGUUACAAUUGGAUUCACUUGCCUCUGUUUGGAUCAUGGCUUCAAUCGCAAGCAGGAUGGAUCGGGGCAUUAAACCUAAUGGAGAUCCAUGUUCCCCGAUCCAUCCGCAGACCAUUCUUCGAGGUUGAAUCAGCUCACCCUGAAGAAUUGUCAGAUCUCACAGACAUACGAUUGAUCUUCAACACAGCAUCCGUUAUCCAUUUCCAAUUUCCAUUGAGCCAAGCUAAAGCAGGUAAAGCUCAAAUUCCACCCAGCUACUCCUCGAUUGUGGAUGGGACCUGAUGGCAGCAACGCAACAUUGCCGCCAUAAUUUCCCAUUUUCUCAUGACGCUUUGACAAUCAAGAUGAUGUGGAUGGUGUACGCUGGUGGCGAUGAGAAUGAUGAUUGCGCCUGGCUCGCUCGCUCGACCAUGAGAAAUUAUGUGGAACAGAUGAAGCCUCCGCCAUCGUACAAGACCUCGGCCAUAAUGGACAGAGUGUAAACGAUAACAGACACAUAGAAAUGAUUUAUGAUAGGUGUGAUAAGAGGAAGGCACGGUACAAACAACAACAACAACAACAACAGCAACAACAGCAGCAACUACAUCAACUACUACUAUUACUAUUACUACUACAGCUACUACAAUUGCAUCAGCCAUCACAUCAGUAGUACGCACAUUUGUUUGGCUAUUCGUCAGUCCAAUGGUCUUUUCUCGAGUGCUAUGAACAUUAUGCCACUGGGCAACUCAAACAAAGAAUAUUGUGUGCCUGUGAACCAAAAAACAACGCCUAAAGAGAUUCCAACUAUAUCUACGAAUACUUUGAUCGCUUUAUUCGCACAAUUUGACUUGGUUUGUCCUAGAAGAGUGAGAUUUACAUGGCUUCCUUUUAUUACAAAAAGAUUCUUACCACGCUUCAAAAUACAACAACCUAGAGUACCUAAACACUAAGAAAGUGUCACGCUAAGACAUGUCUUUCUUGGACUGGUUUGCCGAUAAUUUUCAUUUGGGAUGAUUUUAUUCAUGAGGUUGUGUUCCUUUGUUGACGCUUGCUUAUUGGAUUCCCAAAGGAAUUGAGAUUUUAUCCCCCAAACAAACAAAGAGCCACUGUUAACGGUAGGCCGCGAUGGUGUAAGAACCUCACAUCAGAUGUACCAGGACCGCACAAUAGGCAAGUAAGAUGGGCUCUAUU